CCUCCUCCCGCCAGGUGCAGCGACGCGCCGACCCUCCCGGUGGUGGUGCCGUCACGCCUAACUUCCAGUUGCAAGUACUCCCACCUUUCGGGUGUAUAGGGCAUGCGACGUAGUUCUUGGACGAAGGUAGUAAUAGUAGUCAAGGCCUGGUAGUAGUACUAGUAGUAACAAGGCAUCCAUCCACAUCUUUCCAUAAAAACGGCGAACGCCACGGGAUGCUGACGCCCCUACCACUUCCUCUACCAGAAUCCGGUGUUAGUGCGAGCCGACCGACACUGGGAGUCUUCGGUGCUCUAUAACCAACGGCACCCACCCCUCCUCCUCGGCGAUUCCGCCGCCCAACGGCCCCAAGACACACCCAUCCUCCUCCUCUCCGCUGAGGCGAAACACAUCGAAACAUGGCGGGCUUUGGGAGGAGGGGCAUCUGAGAGGUGGCAGCCAUGACGAGGAGGAUGGGGUUGCUCGUGCUGUUGGUGGCGGCGGUGUUGGUUGCUCCGUCGAGAGGGGGAGGAGAGGUGGGCGGGGUGCGUUUCUGGGUGGGAUGGACGGCGCCUGCUCCUUCUUCUUCAACCUCUGCUCCUCCGUCUUCGCUGGUUCUGGAUGGGGAUCUUGUGGACAGAAUACGGUCACUUUGCUUGCAAGACGUAGUUGGCGCGGAGGAAAUUUUAGGCACUGGACAGACGUUUGCUUAUGAUGAACUGCCGAGCCGUUCUUCGGAGAGCGAACUGAAGACGACGCUGCUUAUCGAAUUCCUCACCCUUCUUCCACCUCACAAGUUUUCGGUCACUCAUGACUGUAUCCGCGCAAAUCAUUUCAGCUUGGGCAUGUCACAAGAAUUUAGGGACUACUUUCAGGACCAGCAGUUCUUGCUCGGUUCAAACUUGUACCCAAGAAGACGGUAUUUGGCUGAUCAAAUGGCUGGAGAUGCUCCUUCCGCAUCUACACCUCGCAACCAACAUCUCAAAGAUAAACCUGCGAAGAAGCGUCGGGGAGUGCCUCCUCCAGCUUCACCUUCGGAUAAGCAGCACAACUACAUAAAAUUAGUCUUGACCGUCGUGCUUCCGACAGCGGCCUUCUCGUUCAUUGCUGCAUUUCUGAUUUUCUACUGCUGUGGAUGCAACAAGAGCAAGGUCUCUGUCGGUGAGCCUCGAGAUGACCAUCCUCUUCUUCACAUGCAGUUGGCUAACACACCUGGAUCGUCACCCAUUAUCCAUGCAUCCUCCAGUCAGCUUCACAAGGAUGAUCAAAGGGUCAGGACUUCUAAGGCCGGAGCCAGCAUGAGUCGGUGCUUUCCAUGCUGUUUUAAAACUUCAACUGAUGUGACAACGCCUGGGCAAGCUGCUGGAGGAGCGCAGAACAAUAAUGCCACAAGUGAUGCUCCUAAACCAAUGCCUCCACCGCCGCCGCCACCUCCACCACCACCUCCACCUAUCAGGAAGGCUGGUCCUCCCCCACCUGCACCUCCCAAAGGCUCAUUAGCAAAAUUUCCUCAGCUGUCACCGGUUGAGUCAAGUCAUUCUGAAGGAUCAUCUGCAAGCGAGCACGCCAGUGAAUCAUCUGAAGCUGAAGUGAGUGCUCCAAGACCCAAACUUCGACCAUUCUAUUGGGACAAAGUUCUUGCUAAUCCUAACCAGUCGAUGGCCUGGCAUGACAUCAAGUUUGGUUCUUUUCAUGUGAACGAGGAUAUGAUAGAGGCAUUGUUUGGUUAUGGCGCUGGCAACAGAAAUAAAACGAAGGACAAGGAGCUUGCCAUGGCAGACCCUUCACCUCAGCAUGUUUCGCUUCUUGAUUUUAAGAAAUCGUGUAACCUGGCGGUUGUUUUCAAGGCAAUGAAUGUCAGUGUAGAGGACAUUCAAGAUGCUCUCAUUGAAGGAAAUGAACUUCCUAGGCUACUUCUUGAGACAAUCUUGAGAAUGAAACCAAAUGACGAGGAGGAGCUGAAACUCAGGCUUUACGAUGGGGACUACUCACAGCUAGGUCUUGCAGAACAAGUCAUGAAGGCACUCACUGACAUUCCUUUUGCUUACAAGAGGAUCAGUGCUCUACUUUUCAUGUCAUCUUUGCAAGAAGAUGCUUCAAGUCUCAGGGAUUCAUUCCUGCAAUUGGAGGCUGCUUGUGGGGAACUAAAGCACCGCCUUUUUCUGAAGCUGCUAGAAGCUGUUCUCAAGACUGGAAACCGUUUGAAUGAUGGGACCUUCCGUGGUGGUGCUAAUGCAUUCAAACUUGACACCCUUCUGAAGUUGUCAGAUGUCAAGGGUGCCGAUGGAAAGACUACACUGCUUCACUUUGUUGUCCAGGAGAUUAUUCGAUCUGAAGGUGUCCGCGAAGCAAGGUUGGCUAUGGAAAGUGGAAGGAGUCAACCUUCAGGAGAUGAUUUGAACGGACCUGUCCAAGAAGAUGGCGAGUACUACUCCAAGCUCGGCCUAAAGAUUGUAUCAGGGCUUAGCAGUGAAUUGGUUAAUGCCAAGAACAUAGCAGCACUAGAUGCCGAUGCUUUGUCUGCCAGCGUAUUGCAACUCAGACGUGAGUUGCUGAAUGCAAAGGAGUUCCUGAACUCUGACAUGGCAACGAUAGAUGAGAAUGGCGGAUUCCACCGCUCGCUGGUACGUUUCGUAGAAGAUGCAGAGAAUGAGACCAACUUUCUGUUGAAAGAAGAGAAGAGGUUGAGAUCAUUGGUGAAGAAAACAAUUCGGUAUUUCCAUGGAAAUGAUGUGAAAGAUGACGGAUUUAGCCUCUUUGUCAUUGUAAGAGAUUUUUUGGUGAUGCUAGAUAAGGCUUGCAAGGAGGUUGGGGCGUCACAAAAGAAGGCGGCAAGUCAAUCUCGGAGCAGUGGCAGUGGUAACUCAGCAUCCCAGUUAAAUCCCCAGGAGAAACAGUUUCCUGCAGUACUGGAUGAUCAUUUAGAUAGCUCUGACUCGAACGAUUAAUUUUGGGAUACAGUCUUAGAUGUAAUCUAUAGGUUUUUUUUUGCCUGAGACGAUGUACAAAUACCCAUUUGCAGAGGCAUUAUUGUAUACAUACAUGUCACACACACAUGGUUAAUACUACAUGGUUAUAUCA